UUUAUCUGCAUUGCACAAUGACAACGUGUCGAAGAAAGGAGCUGCCCUAUCCAGAUGUGUUCAACUGCAGAACACAAGCACAGCACUGCCCAUACCAAGAGGAAACUGACAUCACAGCUGGUCCCUUUGUGGUGUGGCCAGUGGGUUUUAAGCGGGAUCGAAAGAACCUGGAGAGAAAAGCAAAGCCAUCCGAACGCACAGAGCAAGAAGCUGCAGUACUCUCAAAUAAAGACAGUAAUCAAGUGUGCCUGAACUUCCUUCACAUCACGUUUGCAUCGACUGCUUCCUUUGCCCUUGGUGUGAUGACGAUCUUGUUAAUACUCCUUCUGAAGUGGUACAAGGAAAGAAACAAGCAAACCGAAAUGGAGGUGCAGGUGUGAAACGGCUGAGACGCCGGACGCGAA